CUCUGCACUGCCAAAACCCCUUGUUGACUAAUUGCCCGUUUGGGACUAGAUUCAGGGUUAGGGGGCUUUUUAGGUAAGCCAUGCUGGCCUCGUUGAUGACGUAGACAGUGUCACUGCCAACAGCACGCUGCAGUAUAAAGCAUAUCACUGCAAACUGUCCUCAAACUUGCUUCUCGAGCCUACUCUGAAAGGCCUUUUGCAACUAUCUGCAACUACAAAUCCAAAAGCUUUAUCCUUUCUUGGCAUCUUCCUUUCCCAAGCACAGACCCAAUCCUUGUUAGCACAGUUCACUAUGUCUUACGACGAUCGGCGUGGGGGUGACCCUCGUGAAUACGGCGGCGGUGGCCGAGGCGGUGACAACUACUACGAUCAGAACCAGGGAUUCGACAGCGGCCCGCGUGGUGGUGGCGGCGGCUACGGCAGGCAAGACUACGGCCGUGGAGACGAAUUUGGCGAUCAAAGACAGCAAGGACCCCCGGGCGGCUUUGGUGGGAGACAAGAUUACAAUGAAGGUCCGGGAGGAGGAUAUGGUGGCGGACGAGGUGGAGGCUACGACGACGAACCACCACGCCAUCAUGGCCGACGUGACGACGAGGGUGGCUACGGACGUCAAGAAGGGUAUGGCAAUGAGCGCCCGCAUGAGGGCCGUCAGGAGGGAAGAUAUGGUGGCAGCUCCGGUGGUGAAGGUGGUUAUGGAAGCGGUGGCUAUGGGGGCGGCUCUGGCGGAGGCUACAAUACAGGCUCUGGCGGUGGUUAUGGCGGUGGUUCUGGUGGAAGUUACGGAGGCGGCUCUGCUGACUUCGACCAAGACGAAGUACUGCGUCAUGCGCAACAGGGCAACUCUGGUGAUUCCGGCCUCUUCUCGCAGGCUUUGUCUUUCCUCAACAACAACAAACAGAGCGCCCAGUCUGAGGACCUUGACGAACGUCGCAUUCAGCAAAGUCACCAGCAACUCUAUCAGCAGGGAGGUGGCGGACAACAACAUGAUGCAUCCAGCUUGGGUGCUGGAGCUGCCAUGCAGGCCCUGAAGAUGUUCUCAGGUUCCUCGGGAGGUGGUUCUGGUGGCUCUCAAUCACAGAUGAUUUCUAUGGCCAUGCAGGAAGCAUCUCGCCUGUUCGACAACCAGAGCAGCCAAGGCAACGUUCAAAGCGGAACAAGCAAGCAGUCCGUGAUCAACCAGGCCGCCAAGAUGGCCCUGCAGAUGUACAUGAAGAGCCAGGGUGGAGGCAGCGGCGGUGCCUCUGGCUUGAUGGGCCUGGCGAGCAAGUUCUUCUAGAGAGGAAGACAUCGUUGAACGCCCCGCUAGCAAGGGGGGAUAUGAAUAACGUCUACAACGUAGGAUAGCUUGCAUACCUACAAAUACCUUACCCGCCACGCAGAAUUUAUCCUAGUACUGCCAGUACCCUCUGACUCGGAACUGAGCUGGAACUGCACCUACUGUAGCAAUAGUAUCUGUACCACACCUAGUA